AUGGUGUCUGGAAAGGUUUACAGCUGGUACUCCGCCCUGCUGGCGGCCAUGUGCAUGGUGUUGUACGGCUUUGACGCCUCCGUCUUCAACGCCGUCCAGGCUUCGGACAACUGGCUCGCCUACUUCGACCUCGAUCCGGACGAAGACACCCAGCUCAUCGGUCUCAUCAACACGGUGUACACCAUCGGCGCCAUCAUCGCCGGCUUCUUCUUCGGUGGCCCCCUGGCCGACUACGCCGGCCGCCGCAUUGGAAUGGGCGUCGGCUGCGCCCUCACCAUCGCCGCCGCCUUCAUGCAGGCCUUUGCGCCCCGCCACAACCUCGGCGUCUUCAUGGCCGGCCGAGUCAUCAUCGGUAUCGGCCAGGGUCUCGCAUUGACCGCCGGCCCCGUGUACAUCAACGAAAUCACCCCCGCCGAGAUCCGCGGCGUGGUCAUGACCUUCUGGCAGCUCAACUUCAGCGUCGGCAGCUUCCUGGCCUUCUGGAUCAACUACGCCUGCGGCCUCAACCGCGAGAAGCUCGGCGACUGGGACUGGCGCAUGGUCGUGCUCUUCCAGAUCCUCGUCCCGACCAUCGUCUGCUGCACGCUCUGGACCAUCCCCGAGUCGCCCCGUUGGUACGUCCAGAAGGGCAAGCCCGAGAGGGCCCGCAAGGUGCUCCUGUCCCUGCGCAACACCCAGGAGGAGGCCGAGCAGGAGCUGCUGUCCAUCCGGGAGGCCAUCGAGUACGAGAAGGAGGCCAUCAGCAACAACUACACCGCCCUGUUCAGGGACCCCUCCGUCCGCAAGCGUCUCUUCCUCACCAUCCUGCUCAACAUCGGGCAGCAGCUCACGGGGCAGGGCACGCUCAACAACUACUCGACCCAGAUCUACCGCAAGGUGUGGCCGAACAAGUCGACCAUCAACCUCAUCAACGCGCUCAACGGCACUUUCGGCAUCCUGUUCACGCUCAACGCCACCUGGACCGCCGACCGCUUCGGUCGUCGAUGGCUAUUCAUGGUCGGAGCUGUGGGCAUGGGUCUCUGUAUGAUGAUCGUCCCCAUCGUCGGAAUGGCUACGCCGGACCUGCCCGGCGGGACGAAGUCGCAGUCCGUCGGCAUCUCGAUCGUCUUCCUCCUCUUCCUCUUUGCCUUCUUCUACAAGCCUUCAUGGGGAGCCACCGUGUGGAUCUACACGGCCGAGGUCUUCUCGAUGAACAUCCGAGCCCAGGCCGUCGGCAUGUGCUCCCAGUCGCAGAACGUCGCCAACACCAUCUUCCAGCAGUUCUUCCCGACGUUCCUCAAGAACACAGGCCUCAAGUGCCUCUUCUUCUUCAUGGCCGUCAACUUCCUGCUUGUCGCCUACGUCUUUUUCUUCAUCCCCGAGACCAAGAAGGUGCCCCUGGAGGAGAUUGACGUGCUGUUCGGAGGCGUCAACCACGUCGAGAAGGGCAGCAAGAUGGUCGGUCAUGGGCCUACGGAGCAAGAGAUUGAAGACGUCGAGGCCGAGCCCCGCCAACAGCAGCAGCAGCAGCAGCAGCAGCAGGCUUCUGAGGUCAAGGCAUACCACGCUGAGUUCUGGUUAAGCUUAAAUAGGAAAAUUUGUCCGCCCAUCUUUCGCGCUUGGGAUCGAGUAUUUUUCUCUCCAAACAACCCUCCACAGUUCUUGUCUGUCGGCGUCCAUGGGUCUGCAUCUCUUCCGGAAAAGGUCUCUCUGGAUGAUACCGGGCUAGCCUCCACAGGAAGCAGAGCGUCGCCGAGCUGGAAAUCAAGCAUCACGGGCAUGGUGAGUGAGGCAUGUCUGAGCAUGGGUCACCGGACGAGACGUGGAAAAGUCCCCUGCCAUCUCUCGUGGACGCCUACGCCUCGCGGUAUGCAAGAAACAGAGCCCUUGACGAGGACGAGAACGAGAAUGAAGCGUGAGAUUCGCAUCAGCCUUGCUACUCUUUCGUUCAGUGUUAACCAAACGAACAACAACAGCCCCCGUCGAAACUCCUUUCCGGCCGUCUCGAUCGCUCGGUCAAUGAGCCAACAUGGCAUCGGGCGGCCCUUUCAAGACAGAGACAAGGCCAGACUGUUUAUGCAUUAUGUCCAUGAUCUCUCCAUGUGGGUAGACAUCUGCGACGCAAAACGGCACUUCGGGACAGAAGUGCCCAAGCGAGCUUGCCGCUCGCCUCUCCUCGCGUAUUCCAUCAUCGCGCUCGCGUCCCGGAGUCUCUGUUGCAUCAAGGGGGCCGACGACUCGGAGCCAUCCACAUACUACAGCCAUGCCUUGCAGAUACUCAUUCCAAUGCUGGACAGCUCCCUCGAGGCCCAGAACGAAGAGGUGCUUGCGGCGAUUGUGAUACUGAGACAAUACGAAGAGAUGAACGAUACCGACUUCGGCGUCCACCUCUCCGGCAGCUCCAAGCUCUUGAACUCCAUGUUCAGCCUCGCGAGCAAGGGCGGCCUGGGCGAGGCCGCAAGCUGGAUCGUCCUGCGGCAGGACUACUGGGUCGCCCUCGUCCAGUCCCAGCCGCUGAGCAUCAACCUCGACAGCUACAGGGGGUCGAGCUCCUUUGUCCGCUCGGAGCCGGAGUGCCUCGCCAACCGCGCCGUCUUCCUGUGCGCCGAGGCGUGCGCCUACGCGUUCCAGCCGACCGCCAUGAGGGACCUGGACAGGUGGAACACGCUGAACCGGGAACUGGGGAGCUGGCUCGUGUCGAACCCCUGGCACGCGGAUCCGCUCUGGGUCGAGGCGCCUCAUCGGAUCAGCGCCAACGGCUCCGCAUUUCCAACGGUCUGGAUGACGCACCCGGCGCAUGUGGUGGGAUAUCAACAUUAUAGUCUUGCUCGCAUGGUCCUCCAUAUCUUCAACCCGUAUUUAAGCAAGCCCAGCCUCGACACAUUCAAAAGAAGGAAAGAUUCAGAGGAGGCAGUGCUCGACAACUUCCGCCUCCUGCUCGGCCUCGCCAUCAGCAACCCGACAGUCGUCAACUCGGCCUUCACAGCAGCACAUGCGCUCCGGGCUUGCGGCCUCUAUCUCACGGAUCCGAAGGAGCGGAAGGAGAGCCUGGAGUUUCUCGACAAGAUCCACGAGAGGACCGGGUGGCGGACGAAAGACCUUCAGGAGCAGCUGGAGAGUCUGAUCAUCUUCUACUACUUCUCAAGACACCACACAGUCGUUAUUAUGAAGCCUGCGAUAGAUCCUGACGCCGUCCUGGACAAAUGGCCAUUUGUUGUCUCCUACUUCGGUUUCUUCUGGUCAGACUUUUGGUCGGCAACAUACACGUUAGGCCCGUUGCUCAAGCAUGACCGGCACUCCGACGUCUUCGGUCUUGAGCACUACCCUCCAGACAUCCCGGAUCCAAAUCCGACCGGCGUCGCGCUCGAGGCGCGGAGAUUCGUUCUCGAUAGCACCUACGGCAUUCCUGUAAAAGCGCGGAAGUACAGACUGAAGUGCAUAAAGCGCCUGAGGGCGCGGCAGCUUUGGACCUCGAUCAAAAAAAACGAUAGAGUGGCAUUUGUCAUAUACAGGACCGACACGAAACUUCCACGCCUCAUAGACGGACUCAUGCCGGAUAACCAAUUUCAAUACAGCAUCCUCUCACGCGUUUUCCACACGCAUAACGAAUUCGAGGAGCUUUUGGACAAAGGGUUUCUGGCUCUGGAGACCCAAGCGAUUGAUUUCCAACAUGACAACAUCAACUUGCAUGUCGAUGGAGACGACGACGACGAGGAAGAGGAUGACUUGACAGCUGCUGCUGUCUCUGUGACCCCAGACAUUCCCAACACUGUAUCGUCAGACUUUUUCUAUGGCGGUCUAGAAACGCCGAGUGUCAAGGAUACCGACAGCUUCUCUCUUGCAACAAGUGAUCCAGAAGAGCUCGGAACCGACUCCAAUGUUGAUGUAGAUGAAGAGAAGAGUGAUGGUGGCUAUGAUGAGGACGCUGUGGACCAGAGUACUGAUAUUUCAGACACUGCGCAGGUUUGCGAUGGACAUGGCGGGAAGAAACAGACGACCGUCGUGAUGGAUACCCAGCCUGACACAGUGGGCCAAAUUGGACGACGACAGAGGCUUUGGAAAGAGAUUGAGUUGCCAGAUGGCAUACUCGGUAGACCUUGA